GGAGUCAGAGGUGCCUUUAAAGAUGGAGGACGACCUGGCGUCUGAAGAUGAUGUCUUGCUCUGGUCAGAAAAGGACUUCCACGAUGCUGCAAAGAGGAAUGACACAGGGAGAAUGCAGGAUCUGCUCAAGAAGGGUGUGGACGUUAAAGCCAAAAACAAAAUAGAUCGUAAAGCACUGCACUGGGCAGCAGGAGCUGGGAAUGAACAGGCUUUACGUCUCCUACUGGACCAUGACACUGAAGUUGAUGAGAGGGACAUUUUUGGCAUGAAUGCUCUGCUUCUGGCGUCAUGGUUCGGUCACCUAAAGAUCCUACAGAUCCUAGUGUCCUGCGGAGCAAAACUCAACUGUGAGAACAAAGAUGGUCUGAGCAUGCUGCACUGCGCUGCCCAGCGAGGCCACAUCACAGUGUUGGAGUUCAUCAUGGAGGACCUGGAGGACAUCUCUCUGGACAGAGUGGAUAAGUCGGGGAGGACAGCUCUCCACCUGGCUGCCGAACAUGGACAACUUGAAGUGGUGGACUUUCUGAUUGGAAUGGGGUGCACUCAUAGUUUGAAGGACAAGGAAGAGAACACAGCCGUGCAUCUGGCAGCGCAGCAUGGCCACACAGAAGUCCUGCAGAAGAUCAUGGAGACUGGAGUGGAUGUGGAUGAGCGGAACAUGAACGGUCUCACAGCUUUGCACCUGGCAGCUGAUGGAGGUCACUACGUAUGUGUCAGACUGCUGCUGGAGUCCGGCUGUAAUAUCAACGCACUCACUAAUAGGAAUAUGAACGCUCUCCAUUACGCGGCUCAGCAUGGCUUUGACAGAGAGGCCGGUCUGCUGGUGGAGGCAGGAAUCAACAUACAUGCUUCAGACAAUCAACAGAACACACCUCUCCACCUGGCCACCUUCAACAAUCACAUAGAGGUUGUACGGCUGCUGAUAGAUGCUGACUGUGACCUGGAUAUAGCUGACAACAGACAACAGACCGCUUUGCACAUAGCAGCAGAGCAUGGCUGGCAGGACAUGGCUGAGAUGAUGCUAGUUUCAGGCGUCAACUUGAAUCUGACUGAUAAGCAGGGGAAAACCUGUCUGGAGGUGGCAGCAAGAGGAAACCAUGUCAUCCUUGUUGACAUGAUCAUCAAAGCUGACCGUUUUUAUAAGUGGGAGAAGGAUCACAUGGGCAGUGAGCAGGACUCCUGGGUGGGGAGGCAGCUGAGCUUCAAGCAGGACCACCAGCCAGAGACACAACACCUCCGCUCUGUCCUGUGGAGCCUGGCCACCAAACACCUCUGCCGCGGAGAAUGGAAGAUUCUGGCACAACACUGGAACUUCAGUGAUGCUCAUAUGCGAGCUAUAGAACAACAGUGGACAGGUAUGAAAAGCUUCAAGGAGCACGGCCACCGAAUGCUGUUAAUCUGGCUUCAUGGAGUGGUGAUGGCGGGGGAGAACCCGACCAAAGGCCUCUAUGAGGGGCUGGUGGAGAUCUCCAGGACAGACUUGGCAGAGUGCAUCCGGCAUAAGGCAAACGCAGAAAGCAGCUCUCCUAAAAUGUGCUCUGCUAUGUGAUCAACACUGUGAACACAACUAAUGCAAGGUGUCAGUUCACAUCUGAACUGUAUUUAACUGGAGAUGCCCACAGCUGAGCCAAUGAGAUGAUAGGUUUGUAAUGUCCACGGCAUGACCUGUCUGCAUAUUCACAUGUUCAACAUACUGUGAUUGUUCUGGAUUUGGUUCACAGAGCAUAUUUUCUUUUAAGGUUAGGAAAAUGAUUGGUUGUAAACCUGUAGGAUAUGUAUUCAUGCAUGCUGUGAACACAUGUUAUCAUUAUUAUUAUUUAAAUAUAUAUUCUUGGACAUUUUUGCCUUUAAUUGACAGCUGAUACUGAAGAAGCAGACAGGACACAAGGGGGACAGAAAGAGGCAACAAAGGUCAUUCAGUCUAAUGUACUGUACUCAUAGUGUACUGUAUACUGUACUUUAAAGCACAUUAUAGUAGUAACACACAGAAGAUUUAACAUGCCUUAAUCAAAAGUCCAUCCUCCUCAUUAAAAGAGAACUCCACCAAUUUAGUAGUGCACUCCUAUAACACUGUCAGACUUAUGAUGGACAGUUAAAAUUAAUAUAUUUAAGAUAACUGGAUACCGAUUCAAAGAUGGACCCCCAUUAAUUCCUGUGAAAGUUGCUCAUAGCAGCAUAUAGCCAAAAAAAAGGCUUCCUCAAGUUUCCCUGUUUUCUAGAGAAUGCCCACUGGCUGAGCCGGCUUCCCGUUAGCUC